CAUCAUGGAGGCAGCGCCCCGCAUGCGCCAACUUGGUACUGACGGUAACUCCAUUGUAGUUUACGCUUCUAUCAUACAUUACACCGCUCCUUGGCUUGCGCAACCUCAGAUUGUCGCGUUGCUAGCCCUUCUCCAGGGGCACUCAGACUGCAGGUCAAAGCACUUAGUUCAAGACAUACGCAUUUGCUAAGUACAUAGACUUUAUCGACAAUGGCGGCUUUCGUGCCGGUGAACCCGAAGCCGUUCUUGCAAGACCUGACCGGCAAGCAGGUCAUCGUCAAGCUUAAAUGGGGCAUGGAGUACAAGGGCUACCUGGUGUCCACGGACUCGUACAUGAACCUGCAGCUUGCGAGCACGGAGGAGUACAUUGACGGCCAGUUCACCGGCCAGCUCGGAGAGGUGCUCAUUCGUUGCAACAACGUGAUGUACUUACGAGGAGUGCCAGAGGAGGACGAGCCCAUGUCAUAGCGCUCGCGAUCGGCUUUGGCGGCAUUCAAGGUUGAGGCUGGUUUGUUUCGGACCCGAACGAACGUUUCGAGGGUUGGAAUGCUUGCGAAACUGCACCGUGGUAGAAGCACCAGGCCAUGGUUGCGGCCCGGUUGCGGUGGGAUGGUGGGGAUAGUCACCACCAACACGGCCAGGCACACGGGUGGGUGUCGCUGGUGACAGGUUCAAGCGACUGUGUGCGCCUGUUCACUCUGGUUGAUAAGUGGGAGGUAGGGGGAUUAAUCCAGGGUUCAGGGUUAUUGACUGGGGCAAUUGCAUGGUCGAAACAGAGUCUGGGCGCGUGCCCUGUGCUGCUAUGCUCAGUGCUUGUAACGUGUUCUGGUG